AUGGCUCAACUCGAACGCCCUCAAAGACCUGGUGUUGAAACUUCAAAAACUCCCACCAUCCAUACCAUGGAACAACUCCUCCGAGGAGAAGGGUCUAAAGUGUCACCAAAAGGUUCUAAGAUGUCAACCAACACUGCCACCUUGUCCUCCUCCUCCAACUCCUCCACUUCUUCUAAUUCUUCACCUUUUUUCAAUAAGUUGAGGCACCAUGACUCGGAAGAAGACCAUAGCCCGAACCAGAAGAAAUCAGUCCUUGCCAAAGUGAAGGAGAAGGCUAAGAAAUUGCGUCACAGCCUCAGCAAGAAAAAGCACGACGAUGGAAACCAAACUCCCUCACCCGGCUCUGGCUUGGAAGACGAAGGAACACACGACGAAGCUGAAUACCAUGGAGCUCCAAUGUACGAAUCUGAGAAGGCACAUCAACCAAAAUCAGGUCUAGGAAUGCAAGAAAAAUGUUUAACUCGGUCAUUCUCCAAGAGAACAACUCAUCCAGCAACUGUGGCUAAUGCUGCAGCUGGAGCUGCUACUAGCACCAAUACUAUUGAUGCCGGUUCGAACAGGGUAGCGACGACUAGAACCUUAGCUCAUGAACUGAACAAAGGAUCACAUUCUAUGACUUCCAAGUUUCAAGGCCUCACUAUUUACAAACCUGAUGAGCUUCACACUUCAACAUCACCAAAGGAUGGAACUCAAAGUAGUUUUUUUGUUUCUGCUCCAAGUACUCCUCCAAAGACAUCUUCCCAAACUUCUCCAAGCGCAGCACGAAUUUGGUCAGCUCCAGUGACCCCAAAAACUUUAGCUCCAGUGUCACCACAGACUCCUUCAUGUUCAUCUGCUCCAACCACUGGCAGGUAUGCCAGCCCUGGCUCGCAGAUAUGGGAUAAGGGUGUUUCGGUGAAAGAGUACUUGAUGAACAAGCUUGAGCCGGGAGAAGAUGAAAAAGCUUUGUCUCAGGUGAUAUCUGAGGCCAUGAGUCCAAAGAGAACUCCUGGUGAUGCAGGUGUGAUGGAGAAGGUAAGAGAAGCUGUAACUUCUUUGCUCCGAACCGAGGAACCAAAACAAGAAGACACAACAACCACUAUCACGACCACUGACACCAACAUUGCAAGCACAUCCUAUCAAAACCCAGUAUCUAUCAGUGCUGCUCGCAGUUCAUCUCAAAUCCCAGUAUCUACCAAUGCUCUAGAAGUGGUUCAGGAAGAAAACCAUGAAAGAAUUCUUCAGGCAAAUUGA